GAGUUUGCAAGCGGGAGACACCAGGGAGCGCUGCUGCGCAGCCUAAAAGGGCCCAGCCAGUUUGUCUACGCCACGGCCCAGCGGACGGUGAACAGGACCAGACUGUCCGGGACCCAAGGUGCUGUGUUCAGUAACGGGCCCGUGAGCCAAGCGGCGAGCGCCAUCAUCCAUCCAGCGGCAGCUGGAUCGGGUCAUGCAUCUGAGCAGCAGCGGCUGUGCCAACAUCGGCCCAUCAAUGCUGCAGGACGAGUCGGCGUUGCAGCAGUCCGUCGAUGAGGACCCGCAGGCCGAGGAAGACGCCCGCGGGCAUUUCCACAGCAUCCAGGUCAUGCUGGGACUGCACCAGCAGCACACGGGCUCCUCUCCACCGCAUCCGCAGCAGCAGCAACAUCAGCUGUGCAGCCAGAGCCUAGUCGACUACGUUCCCGCCACAAGUGUCUCCACAUUGGACCCCAUGGCAACCAGCAUGAGCGGCCUCCUGCCGGGCCUCAUGUCCAUGGCACCGUGCGUCGGGAUGCGAACUCGCGACCUGUCGGGUCCACUGCCAAGCAUGGCUUCCGCGCAGCCAAUGGGCUGCCUCGGUGGCGCCGACGGGAGUUUGCCUGCUCCAGCACCUCGGAAAGAAGUCACCACAUAUUCUGUUGCAGAAACGCAGAAGAACAAAUCGUCCGAGAAAUCCUCGUCUUCGGACGCCGACAAGACGGUGAAAAAGAAGAAGACAAGGACGACGUUCACGGCAUUCCAGCUGGAUGAACUGGAGAGGGCCUUCCAGCGGGCGCCCUACCCAGAUGUCUUCGCCAGGGAAGACCUGGCCCUCAGGCUCAACCUCAGCGAGUCCAGAGUACAGGUGUGGUUUCAAAACCGUCGUGCCAAGUGGAGGAAAAGGGAACCACCUCGAAAGACAAAUUUUCUUCAAGCAGCGGCUGCACAGAGCAUGCAGAAGGGCGGCCACCCCUACGCCACCGCGUCGCCGACACUUCCUCCGCUCAACGCUCCCUUGGACUCGUGGGGUUUCAGCGCGGGAAACCCUUAUGACUUCGGCUUCCAGACGUCAUCGCCCAUGCAGGGUUCGCCCGGGCAGGGUUACGGCGCCGCCACUUUCUCGACCGCGGGACCGCCUCCGGGUUCCAUGGGCGGCAUGGCGGCCAAUCCGAGCUCGUUCUACAGCACCAUGCUGCCCCCUACGCAAGACCAGCUUCUCCCGCAGCUCCAGCCGCCCGUCAGCUCGGCGGCUACGGGCAUCGGGCAGCGACCCUGCGGUGCGCCGUCGCCCGACUCCCACCAGAAGUGUUCGUCGCCCAUGCCUUACGCCUGCUCCUCGAGCCCCGACAACGUCAAGAAGCAGGGCGGCGGCAACGGCAACGGAGGCCUGAUGGGCACCAACGGGCUCCUGGACACCGCCGAUCUGCACCAGAUGGGUGCCAUGCCGCACCUCAUGAUGAAGGGAAAGGACAACUCCCUGUCGCCGCUGCCACCGCUAGACUUCUUCACUUAAAAAUGCGCGCGCUUCGUUUUCGUCGUGCGGGGAGAGAAGCCAGUACAUGCUCGUCCAUUGAGUCUCGAGACCCGUCACAGCGCGCUCCAGUGACCUACUGCAGAGGAAUAUGUUGACGCUACGGUGUAAGUUGUGACUGCCUGCAGGAAAAGAGACUAUGUUGACGCUUCGCAGUGAGUUGUGAUGACGUUUUGGCACAGCUGGCGCGUUGUCCAUUUCCACGUGACUGGUGUCACAGCUUUGUGACAGAAGUGAGGGACACGACUUUCAUAUACAUUCAAGUGCCUAAACGCUAUUCCAAAUAGGAUGUGCUGGAAGACAGUGAACUAUGCGGGUUAGCUUUAGUAAACGAAAACAAGAAAAAAGACACGAGAUCGCGAAUGUGAUGGUUCUCGUGAGCGGUAGGACUGGGGUUCUUGAGUGGGGGCUAUUACGAACCUAGCUAAUUCUUCUUGUGAACCGGCUGUACUAUGUGUACUUUGUCUGUUAGUAGUUACCAGCCUGCUCUCUUUCUUAUGCCCCUUUUUACCUCUUGUAUAUACACAUAUAGUCCAGCUUUUUUAUUUUGUUUGUGUCAUGCCAGAGGUAUUUGAUCUGAAACAUUUUCUUGUCUCUCUUUUUUUUCCCGGCGAGUGAGACUAGCGCUGACUUGGAAAACAGAGAAGUUCUUCGCAGACAGGAGUCGCUCUCCAAUACCGUAUUCUAAACGAUUCAUGCUUAGCAACUCCAUCUACGUGCAAAUGAAGUGCGCUUCAGAUUUAAACGAACCAGAGUAACACUUUGAAGUUGACUGACCUGGUAUAUGUAGUAAACGAUGUGUAACACGUUCUUUCCAGCCUUACAAACACAUUCCUCUGUAACAGAUAACCCCGCUACCCGUAAUUAGUGCGUGUUUAUAAAUAAUGUCUACACUGGAGCGAAAAUAAACAUGCACUUUGCAACACCACCUUUCGCACAUUUAAGCUAAGUGUUCUUAUUGCACCUACGUGUACUUUAUUCAUACUUGUACAGUUCUGAAUUAUGCUGCGGCAUGUGUGGUUCAAUACGUGUAUUGACAAUAAGGCGGGCCCACGUGCAUUUUCUGGUCAAUGCGUGUCUGUGUCGUUUGUGUUGUUUUGCGAGACGAUUGUAACGAAUGGCGAUGUGGCGAUAUGGAGUGGCAUCGCGAGUGUAGCGCCGAGUUCCUGUUUCGUACUCGCAAAUGUACCACAUUCAGUUUUAAUUAGUGUUUUCCGUGGCGCAGUGUGUUGGGCCCCACGUUUGCCUUCGGGGAAGGUCCGCGGUAUUAAUGGUUGAAGCGGAUGCGGAAUCGGCGUGUCACGCUGAACGUGCUGAUUACAUCGCUCAUCACGUAAACAUGAAAGCAUUGUUGAGAUUUACAAGGACAGAUGCAUCGGUAAUUGUGUCCAUGAGACCAAAGAGUGCUCCUGGUAUAUCUUAGCCUAGGUUAGGUUUCGAAAGCUCAUUUACCGGAAGACAAAAAAAAAAUUACACCAUUUCCCGCUAAAGGGGACCAUGAGGCGAUGCGAAGCCGGAGCACUUGCACGAUCGCGUUCCGUUGGCGUUCUUUAGGCAUGCUACCGACCUCGCGUCGUGGAACGCGAAGAGGAACGCUACGCGCGUCUUGUCUUCCCUCUAGCCUGGCCGUUAAUUCUCACAGGGCGAGCGGGGAACGCAGUCGGCAGGCGUGCGAGAGGGGGGCAGCGUAGGAGAGGCAAGAGAGGGGGAGGGGACGCGAAUGCGCUGGUGCUCAUCGCGGCGUUGCGCAGGAGAGAUUUUCGGCAUGUCUAGCCCGCGUUUCAGA